GAGGGAUUAAAAAAAACCCUGUUAGGCAAACCGUUUCAAUGAGAUGUUGAAGGGAUGCUGGCAGAAGGGGAACAAUCAGAAAUGUCACCGAAAGGAUCCAAAGAACAAAGGAAGCUGAGGGUUCAAGAUGGAGGCAGAAGGCGAGAGGGGAGACGAAAGCAGAAGCCGGAGGGUGACUCUUGUACGUCUCAGGGUGGUGAAAAUCAAAUUCCCAGAGAGGAGAAAAAGCAUGAAUGCACAGUGUGUGGAAAGAAAUUUGGUUGUCGCGCCACUCUUACUUUACAUCAAAGAGUACAUACAGGAGAGAAACCAUUUACAUGUUCCGAGUGUGGAAAGAGCUUCAGUAACAGUAGUGCCCUUACCGUGCAUCAACGAACUCAUACAGGGGAGAAACCUUAUAAAUGUUUGGAGUGUGGAAAAAGCUUCAGUCACAGUAGUACCCUUACCAUGCAUCAUAGAUCUCAUACAGGGGAGAAACCGUAUACAUGUUCAGAGUGUGGAAUGAGCUUCAGUCAGAGUAGCCACCUUAAGUCGCAUCAAAUAACUCAUACAGGGGAGAAACCGCAUACGUGUUUGGAGUGUGGAAUGAGCUUCGCUCACCGCUAUAGGCUUACUAGACAUCAACAAACACAUCGAGGCAGCAAACCUUAUAAAUGUUGGGAAUGUGGCAAGAGCUUCAGUCGCAUCGACUCCCUUUCUUCACAUGAAAGAAUUCAUACAGGGGAGAAACAAUAUACAUGUUUGGAGUGUGGAAAGAGCUUCAGUCAGAAUCGCAGCCUUACCUUGCAUCAAAGAUUGCACACAGGAGAUAAAUCUUAUAAAUGGUUGGAGUGUGGGAAGAGCUUUUGUCGCAGUAGCCAUCUCACAUCGCAUCAAAGAACUCAUACAGGAGAGAAACCAUGUAAAUGCUUGGAGUGUGGAAAGAGCUUCAGUCACAGUAGUUCCCUCACCUUGCAUCUACGAACUCAUACAGGGGAGAAACCGUAUACAUGUUCAGAGUGUGGAAAAAGCUUCAGUCACAGUAGUACCCUUACCAUGCAUCAAAGAUCUCAUACAGGAGAGAAACCGUAUACAUGUUCAGAAUGUGGAAACAGCUUCAGUAAUAGUAGCCAUCUUAAGUCCCAUCAACGAACUCAUACAGGGGAGAAACCGUAUACAUGUUCGGAGUGUGGAAGGAGCUUCAGUCAGAGUAGCCACCUUAAGUUGCAUCAACGAACUCAUACAGGGGAGAAACCGUAUACAUGUUCAGUCUGUGGAAGGAGCUUCACUCAAAGUAGCUCCCUUAAGUCGCAUCAACAAACUCAUACAGGGGAGAAACCGCAUACGUGCUUGGAGUGUGGAAUGAGCUUCACUCACAGCCAUACGCUUACUAUACAUCAACAAACUCAUCGAGGCAGCAAACCUUAUAAAUGCUGGGAAUGUGGCAAGAGCUUCAGUCAGAAUGGCAGCCUUACCUUGCAUCUAAGAUUGCACACAGGAGAGAAACCGUUUAAAUGUUUGGAGUGUGGCAAGAGCUUCAGUCAGAAUGGCAGCCUUACCUUGCAUCUAAGAUUGCACACAGGAGAGAAACCGUUUAAAUGUUUGGAGUGUGGCAAGAGCUUCAGUUGCGGUAGACAACUCACGUUGCAUCAACGAACUCAUACAGGGGAGAAACCGUAUACAUGUUCAGAGUGUGGAAAGAGCUUCAGUCACUGUGGUGCCCUUACCAUUCAUCAAAGAUCUCAUACAGGAGAGAAACCGUAUACAUGUUCAGAGUGUGGAAAGAGCUUCAGUAGGAGUAGCAAUCUUAAGCCCCAUCAACGAACUCAUACAGGGGAGAAACCGUAUACAUGUUCGGAGUGUGGAAGGAGCUUCAGUCAGAAUAGCCACCUUAAGUCGCAUCAACGAACUCAUACAGGGGAGAAACCGCAUACGUGCUUGGAGUGUGGAAUGAGCUUCACUCACAGCCAUACGCUUACUAGACAUCAACAAACUCAUCGAGGCAGCAAACCUUAUAAAUACUGGGAAUGUGGCAAGAGCUUCAGUCGCAUUGACUACCUUUCCUCACAUGAAAGAAUUCAUACAGGGGAGAAACGAUAUACAUGUUUGGAGUGCGGAAAGAGCUUCAGUCAGAAUGGCAGCCUUACCUUGCAUCAAAGAUUGCACACAGGAGAGAAACCGUUUAAAUGUUUGGAGUGUGGCAAGAGCUUCAGUCGCGGUAGCCAUCUCACAUUGCAUCAACGAACUCAUACAGGAGAGAAACCUUAUACAUGUUCGGAGUGUGGAAAAAGCUUCAGUUGCAGUAGCUCCCUUACGUUGCAUCAACGAACUCAUACAAGAGAGAAACCUUAUACAUGUUCGGAGUGUGGAAGGAGCUUCAGGUGCAGUAGCUCCCUUAAGUCGCAUCAAAGAACUCAUACAGGAGAGAAACUGUAUACAUGUUCGGAGUGUGGAAGGAGCUUCAGUCACAGUAGCUCCCUUAAGUCGCAUGAAAGAACUCAUACAGGAGAGAAACCGUAUACGUGUUCGGAGUGUGGAAAAAGCUUCAGUCACAGUAGCUCCCUUAAGUCGCAUGAAAGAACUCAUACAGGAGAGAAACCGUAUACAUGUUCAGAGUGUGGAAACAGCUUUAGUAGUAGUAGCCAUCUUAAGUCCCAUCAACGAACUCAUACAGGGGAUAAACCGUAUACAUGUUCAGAGUGUGGAAAGAGCUUCAGUCAGAGUGGCCACCUUAAGUCGCAUCAACGAACUCAUACAGGGGAGAAACCGCAUACGUGCUUGGAGUGUGGAUUGAGGUUCGCUUGCAGCAGUGCGCUUACUAGACAUCAACAAACUCAUCGAGGCAGCAAACCUUAUAAAUGCUGGGAAUGUGGCAAGAGCUUCAGUCGCAUCGACUACCUUUCCUCACAUGAAAGAAUUCAUACAGGGGAGAAACGAUAUACAUGUUUGGAGUGCGGAAAGAGCUUCAGUCAGAAUAGCAGCCUUACCUUGCAUCAAAGAUUGCACACAGGAGAGAAACCGUUUAAAUGUUUGGAGUGUGGCAAGAGCUUCAGUCGCGGUAGCCAACUCACGUUGCAUCAACAAACUCAUACAGGAGAGAAACCUUAUACAUGUUCGGAGUGUGGAAAAAGCUUCAGUUGCAAUAGCUCCCUUACAUUGCAUCAACGAACUCAUACAAGAGAGAAACCUUAUACAUGUUCGGAGUGUGGAAGGAGCUUCAGUCGCAGUAGCUCCCUUAAGUCGCAUGAAAGAACUCAUACAUGAGAGAAACCCUAUACGUGUUCGGAGUGUGGAAAAAGCUUCAGUCGUAGUAAUAUCCUUACUAGCCACCAAAGAACUCAUACAGGGAGGAAAUCUUAGAAAUGUUUGGCCUAUAGAAAGAACUUAUGUGACACGGACUCCCUUACUAA